AGCCAUGUUUGAGCAGCCUCUUCUGAAAUUAACCUUGGUUGAUAUUCUUGAAGCCAACGACAAUUUCGGCAAGACAAACAUAACUGGAGAUGGAGGUUUUGGAACUGUAUUCUGGCCUAAUGGAAAAAACAGUUGCAGUUAAGAAGCUAUGCGAAGCUAAAACACAGGGUCACCGAGAAUUUAUUGCUGAAAUGGAAACUUUGGAAAAGGUAAAGCACCAAAAUCUAGUCCCAUUGCUUGGGUACUGCUCUUUCGACGAGGAGAACCUCCUUGUGUAUGAAUAUAUGGUCAAUGGGAGCUUAGAUCUUUUGCUGAGAAAUCGGACAGGGGCCCUUGAAGUCCUUGACUGGGACAAACGGCUCAACAUUGCAACUGGUGCUGCACGUGGGCUUCCUUUUCUUCACCAGGGUUAUCAGUCGGAUGAAAUGGGUUACUCUCAAACGCCUUCCAACCAUCAAAGUAAGGAGAAUUUUGACAGAUUUGUGAGAACGGCGGCUUGCGGGCUUGGGGGAAAACCAAAAAAGGUAGGGCAACCAAAUGUUUGGAAAAAAGACUAAAAGGCCCUUCCUAUUUAAG